CUGCAUUUUGUGGCUCCUUGCGUAGAUUUGAUUUACAGGAGGUAUUGAAUCAAGAAGUGAGGAUGAUUUCCAUCACAUUUGCAUUGUUUUUUUUCACUGCUCUCCAAGGCUUUGCUCUGACCUUUAAUAGUGAUGGCUUGCUUGACGCACCAGAUGCAGUGAUGGAAGGUGAGAGCCCCUGUGAUGACUGCACCAAAAUAUUGAACCUCCUUGUUGACCUGCUUUCCAACGCUGACCUCCAGAAAAAGAUCACGGAGGGCCUUGGCAACCUGUGUGACCACUUGCCUGGGAAAGCUAGCAUGAUUGAAUUCUGCAAGGAGGAAGUGGACAAAAUCCUCCCGGUGGCUAUCAGUUUCCUCACCGUUGUAGCAAAGCCGCAGGACAUUUGCAGAAUCAUUGGGCUCUGUAGCUCCAACGACAAGCAGGAAAUGCUAAGCUAUUCGGUCAACGAGGCCCUCCAGGCUGCCAUGACGGGUGACAAUGGGAAGCCCACGUCACCGUGCGCCUUCUGCAUUUUCUUUGUCAAGACUUUGGAUGACUUGUUGCCCAAAGAGAGGACUGAGGAGGCUGUGGUGAAGCUGAUGGAGGACAUUUGUCACAUUCUCCCCGCCUCCUACCGCAGUCAGUGUGAGGUGUUUAUUGGCAGGUUCAGCAAGACGGUGAUGGACGCCAUCCUGAGCUACGCAACCCCUCGGGCCAUCUGCACCCUCAUCCACCUGUGCCAGAAUCAAGAGGGUCCUCUCAUUGACCCCUGCACCCUGACAACAUACAGGUGCAGAGACCUGCAAACCUCUCUCAAAUGCGGAACUCUGUUCUACUGUCAGAAAUUUGCCUGGAAACCCCUCAGCUACAACACAGUGUAAACAUCAGAGUGGCGUGUGCUCUCAUUCAACUGAGCCAGGUGCUGCAGCAAGUUCUCUUUAUAUUACUCCUGAUCAUUUUAUAUCUGAAGGUGUACUGUAAGUGGCUUUAUUGUUUUCUUGGAAAGAAAUUGCUAAAAUACAUUAAUGUGCUAUGAUUUUGUGCUAAUCUGCGUUUCAUAAAAAUAUACUGUACCAGCUUCAAUAUUGUAUUUUUUUGGCAACACAGUCAAUUGAUCUGAAUUAUCUGCAUGAAUGUUUAAUAAUACAUUUGAAAAAAGCAUGAAAUUAUCUGUAAAAUAUGCCUGUAGAGAGAGCCGUGUAAAAAAUGAGGCUCCCUAUGGGUUGUGGUGAAAAUGCUUUGGAAGACAUGCCAGCAUACAUGCCAUAUCCUCAAAAUGGAAUCACUAUGAGUCAAAUGAUUAAUGACUUGUGUAUAAUUAGUUGCUAAGAUGUUCUGUUUGAUGGUGGCAUUGUUUUCCAACUAAUCUUUAUGAUGCUUCGACCAAAUACGCAGCAGUUAAGUGGGUGUUUUUAUGCAACACAGUGUGCUCCCCCCCCCAAAAAGAUGCGAUGCAUAAUCAAAAAUGCAUGAGCAAAGCAUGUAUUUUUAUUUGGAGGAUUUUGACAGAGAAGCGCAACAGCAGAUUAGACUUCAGAGUAUGAAAACAGUGAACGGGGGGGCACACAUUG